AUGGAUUACGACUCUGACACUAUUGUAAGUCAGGUUUUGGAUAUGUAUGAACAAUUCAUUGACCAGCAGGAAAAUGAAAGUGUUUUUUUAACACAAAAUACAUUCGUCUGUGAUGAAAAGGAGACCAAUAAUGCAGAAAACACAGGCGUAUUGGAUACCAUUGACAAACCGACUGCUGAUAUGGACAUUAGCUUUGGCUCAGUUACAGGCUCAAGAUACGCUGAGCCGUUAACAGAGGAAAAUGUAAUGCCACUGAUCCAAUCCAGCAAAUCGUCCAAUACGGAAGCCAAAGUACGCUGGGCUGUCAAUUUAUUCCAGGAUUGGCAAAAAGAAAGGAGAACAACAGGGUAUAUUGAGGAGCUCCAGAAGGACAUAUUAGACAUUACGGAUUCAGAAUUGAACACAGCACUUACAUUCUUUGUGGCUGAAGUAAGAAAAGUAAACGGAGAAGAGUAUAGAGGAAAUACGUUGUACAAGAUCAUUGUAGGCAUUCAGGCAUUUCUGCGCGAAAACAGACGCUUGGUACGUUUACUAAGUGAUGAUGCUUUCAAACACAUGAGAGAUGUACUGGACGCUACAAUUAAAAAUUUACCUAAGAGAGAGGUAGGAAUGGCGACAAAAAAGCUGGCGUCAUUUCCAAUGACAAGGAGGAGACACUCUGGCGAGAGCAAAUGUUAG